UCAGGCUCACGUUGGUCUGGUCGAGGUUUGCGGAAGCCACGCUUAAAUCCGGAAGUUGGGCGGUGGUUGAACACGGCUGGAAACGGUUGAUCUCAGUUGUUCGCUUGUAGGUAAAAUCCAAAUACAGCCAAAAUGUCGAGCAAAUGUCGCACCAAGGGAAAGAUCACCAAGAAACGCCCUCAGCGGGCAACCUCCAAUGUCUUCGCUAUGUUCGAUCAGUCGCAGAUUCAGGAGUUUAAGGAAGCGUUCAACAUGAUCGACCAGAACCGCGACGGCUUCAUUGAUAAGGAGGAUCUUCAUGACAUGCUUGCUUCUCUUGGGAAGAACCCAAAAGAAGACUAUUUGGAGGCAAUGAUGACAGAAGCUCCUGGGCCCAUAAACUUCACUAUGUUUCUCACGAUGUUUGGAGAGAAGCUUAACGGCACAGACCCGGAGGAAGUCAUUCGUAAUGCGUUUGCAUGCUUUGACGAGGAAGGAACAGGCUUCGUUCAUGAGGACUACCUGAGGGAGCUGCUGACCACUAUGGGUGAUCGAUUCACAGACGAAGAGGUCGACGAGCUUUUCAGAGAAGCGCCCAUCGAUAAAAAGAGCAACUUCAACUACGUGGAGUUCACCCGUAUUCUUAAACACGGAGCCAAAGACAAAGACGAUUAAACAAACAAAACACCCUGCAUCCUCUUUAAAAACCCCCUUUAGGUGAGAGAAAUCUGUGCUGAAUCCCCAUGAGAACCCACCUCUAACUUUAAUAUACUGAAUGAGAAGUAAGUGUUUACUCUGUGCAACUCACUGGAAUAAGAUCUCAUAUUUUGAAUGGGUUAUGAUAUAGGAUCACAGUUAAUGCCACUCAUGGUUUGAGCUGUUAAAAUGCAAGAUUGAACCAUGCACUUUUUUUUUUUUUUUUUUGUGGUGGUGGUGGUGUUUAAACUUGUUUUUUUUUUUUCUUAGGCUUGCGUGGCAGUGUUUAGUUUUAUGCCAACUGGAACAAAUUCCACUUGAUUUCAUCACACCUCACUGUUAGCUGGUGAAAGUAUUUUAUAAGUGCAGGGCUCUCAUGGAUCAUGUUUCCAUAUAUUUUGACCAUGUCUUAGGUUUUUAUAAUGGUAACUUGAAAGUAGGGUUGCAAAAAGGUGGAACAUUUCCAGUAAAUUUCGGGAACAUUCCAAAAAUUUUGGAAAAUUUCCAGGAUUUUUU